AUGAGGUUAUUUCUCUUGCUUCUACUUCCGGCUGUAAUAACCGGUGCCAAAUAUCCUAUGGCUCCGGCCUACUACCCACCAGAAGAAAUGAAUACGAAUAUACCCAUAGCGAUUAUGAACCCAUACCAGUCAAUGAUGCCCGAUACACCUGGUAUGGACGAUUAUCAAUUCUACUAUGAAAAGGAUCCCAACCCGGCUGGGUCUGGGCCCGUGCCGCCAACUGGAACGCCACCAGGUUUAUCAGCACAGCAACCGGGUCCGACUCCUCCUCAUUCGGGCUCAUCCAACACAAACGAGAUAGAGGUCCCUGUAACCAAUAUCGAAAACCCAGACCCUUAUCAAGAAGGUAUGAUGGAAGGUACCGCUCAAACUAAGUUCCAGGGUGAUCCCGAUGCAAAACUUGCUAAGCCUUUCCUCACGAAAGUAAUGGAGGCACCCAGUGCAUCUCCUUACAACACUGGGUCUCCGGGUGGUGACGAGAUCGCUAAGAACAACUUGGUAGUUCCCACAACUUAUGAUGACAAUGCUCCCGGAGAAUCGCCGUAUGACGGAGAGCCUUCGGGUGGCAACAAACCAUCCCAAAACAAUCCGAAAUCUCCCACAGGAGCUGCUUCUGCGGGAGGAUCUCCUUAUGAUCAAGGGCCUCCGGGUGGAGCUGCUCCGCCAGUACCUCUUUCAAGAUCACAACAACCAGGAGGUUCCGAACAUGAGUACAGCGGCUGGAAACCAGUACUCCCAAAUAGUUCAAAUGUUCCCACAGUGAAUGGGGCUACUCCCGGAGAAGGGUCUCCCUAUGACCAAGGGCCGUCGGAUGGGCCUGCUCCUCCAGUACCUUCUUCACGUUCGCAGCAACCAGGAGAUGAAUAUGAGUACAACGGCUGGACGCCAGUACCGAGAAGGCCUUCAACAGAACCGUAUGGGAGCGACACAGAAAGUGGUUAUCCUUCCGGAAGCGAUGACGACAUCAACUUAAAACUACCGAAAGGUCCGAGUGUGAGCACUGGUACUGUUGACCCCAGAGGAAACGGUGGUUCGUCAGAGCGGGAUAACAGCAAUGGCAGGAGCAACAUAUCACCUCCAUCUCAUCAGAACGGAGGUUAUACUGCCACAAACACCGCGAACGCUGGGCGAGAAUCAAAAGGAAGUGGAGAUAAAGUGUUGACCCCUAAGGAUGGAUUUCCCAGAGCUGAACACUUCAAUUUCGGAGAACCUAACGCUCCUUCGGGACAUUCACCUGAUGGUUUCGACAAAUCCAAGGAAUGGACGCCAGGGAGCCAUGAUCGUGUCUUGGAUAGACAGCCUUCGGGCUUGGGUAGAACUUCAAGCGGUCCUGGAGGAAGUGCAACCGACGAUCAGUCAGACCAUGCAGGCAACCUCGGCGGAGGAGCCGAUUCGUUCUGGGACAAACCAUGGAAUCUGGACAAAAGUUCAAAGACCACUUCAGGAACAUCCAGUGAUUCUACUUUUUCGAAGGAUGGCCGACCUUGCUGUCCUUGUUGCAGUGGCUCAGCAGGCCCUGGUUCAGGAAGAAGUGGAGGGGAAACACAGAUUGCAGGCUCGGCACAGCAAAAAGUACCUAUCACGCACAACACAGUUUCCAUUGGACCAUUCAAAACAAUGCAAAAACAAGAAGUGGCUUCAAAGAUACGUAACAAUGACGGGUUCGAAGAGAUUCUUGAUGCGCAGAUCGAUCCCGUGUCUCUACGAUCCGGCUCCAGUUCUGGGAAAGCAGGUCAUAUGAAAGUCGGAAGCAGCCCAAUCCGAGUGGGAUCUUAUCCUGAUGAUGACGAGACGUCUUUCCAUAAACCUGGAACGACUCGGAAAUUGUGGACUGUCGACUCCAGGACCUUGUCUCGAGGCUCAACGAUCCCAUCCAAGCCUGGUUCCAGCGGAUUCAUUCCUUCCAGCUCUUCUCACGAAUUUACUCCUUCUAAUCCUCUUGGUCGAAGUGGUACCUUCCCAUCGGAUCGACAUUCUGGAAGUUACAUUCGGCCAACUGAAGUUCCAGGCGGUUCGACGGCUAUCUUUUCCCCUCCGGUCCCAGGUUCACCAUUUGGGCUACCUCAAUACCCGCAACCGGCUGGAUAUGGUGGCGGUGGAGGCUGCCCUUGUUCAGUUCCAGCACCUCUACCGUGUUGUGCACCAGUACAGCCAUGCUGCAUACCUACUCCUCCUUGUUGUCCACCACCUCCUCCAAUACAGUGCUGCCCACAGCCACCAGUAUGCUGUCAACCAGUCCAAGUGUGCUGUCCUCCUCCACCAGUAUGUUGCCCGCCACCACCGGUUUGCUGCCCAGCUCCAGUAUUACCCAUAUGCCUUCGAGCUUGUCCCAUCUGCCCAUGCCGAAGGAGAUUGCACCGUGCACUCCGCAUGAAACGAAGUCCAGGGUUGACAAGCAACUGCCAGAAAUGUUCAGCAGCUGGGCAGCCGAAACACGUGAGAGUGAAGAGGCAAGCGAAUUGUAAAAACUGCUCUGAAAGUAGCAAUCCGUUCACCUCGUUGUUCUCCCUUCCUACUCCAUCUUCAUCAUGCUCAGCAUGUCAACGAAGUGACACCAGAAAUGUCAGAGUGAAACGAAUGGGAUGCCUACCAUGCGGUGGACGAAAGAAGCGAGACAUCGAAGAGGAAUAUCAUCGACGAGUGAAACGAACAAUGCGCGGAGAUCCGAGCCAAGAAGACAACUGCACUCAGCCAGUUCCUUCAACGGAUACGAUAGAGAACCACACAGAAGUCCUUCUAAUCGUUGAAAUUCCAAAGAAUUAA